CCUCUGUCCUAAAGCAACCAAGCCGUGGCAUUUGAACGUGUGAGUCACGUUCGACGUGCCAUCCGUCCUCCGGCUUCUCGGCGCUUCGCUCGCACCAACCCCCGAGGAAGAAGUUGCACCGAGAAAGCCGGCGGAGGGCGCUAACGUCUGGGAACGGCCGCCUUCGCCUCCGCGUCAGAAGAGCCGAAGGGCUGCGUGCGUGCGAGGACGGUUCGCGUCUUCUCCGAGACGGGGACGCUACCAAUUCCUGGCCGUUACGAGAGGAAGCACCCUUCAACCCCCGGUAGACCUGAGGCCCCGAGGAGCCGCUCCAGGUCCAACCCGGGUUCUUUUCCAACUGCGGGAGGGAACGAGGUAGCCCUUCACUUAACAACAGUUCAUUUAGCGAUUGUCCAAAAUUACAGUGGCACUGAAAAAAGUGACUUGUGACCAUUUUUCACACUUAACGACCUUGGAAAGCAUCCCCAUCAUCAUAUAAUCCAAAUUCAGAUGCUUGGCAACUGACUCCUGCUUAUGACCGUUGCUGUGUCCCAAGGAACCUUUCAAUCUAUUAAUUGGAUAGCAUUGCGUAAAUAUGGACAGAAAUCCUUCACCCCCCUCAAGUGAUUCAGAGGAAGAAGAAGUGGCUGCUGGGGAUUCCAUUGGAAAUACAGUUUACAGCAAACACUGGCUGAUUGGUGUGCUUGAGAAAUUAAUUGAGGAUACUUCAAAACUGAACAAUGAAGAAGAACAAAUGGAACUAGAUGAAGAGAUGGAGAAUGAUAUUUGCAAAGUAUGGGACAUGUCAAUGGAUAAGGAUGUUGCUUUAUUUUUACAAGAGUUUAAAGCCCCUGACAUAUUCAUGGUUUUUCUUGCAAAGUCCAAAUGUCCUCGUCUUACUGAAAUCUGUGUAGGUAUUCUGGGAAAUAUGGCCUGCUGCCAAGAUACGUGCAUAUCUAUUAGUAAAGAUGAGAACCUGGGACAAAUAGUGCUUCAUCGUUUAUGUGAUUCUGAUUCCCCGACUCUGCUUGAAACAAGCAGGUUAUUGUUGACUUGCCUCUGUCAAUCUGAAGUGGCUAAUAUAUGGGUGGAGAGAAUCAGACAAAGUCCGUCUGUCUAUAACUGUUUCUGCUUUAUCAUGUCUAGUUCUACAAAUGUGGACUUGCUGGUGAAAGUUGGUGAAGUGGUUGAUAAGUUAUUUGAUUUGGAUGAAGAAUUAAUGAUAAACUGGAUUAAAAAAGAUUCUUGUCCAUCAGUGGAACAGCCCACAGAUGAUUCUCCAGAUGAUGUUCCUGAUUUUAAAAUUCUACCUUGUCUGCUUGAAGCUGCAAAACAAGUUUGCUCAGAUAACAAUUCCGAAGGACUUGAAGUUUAUAUGCAUAUUCUACAGCUGCUCACUACAGUGGAUGAAGGCAUUCAAACAAUUGUCAAAUCUUCUGAUAGAGGAAAGGAAACAUGGAGCCUGCUGUAUAAUCUCUUUUGCAAUGAACUCUGCCAGCCAGAUGAUCCACCAAUUAUUAUUCAAGAACAGAAGACCCUGUUGGCUUCUAUUUUGUCUGUGCUAUCAGCCAUUUUUGCUUCACAGAUAGAUCAGGACUAUGUCAAGAUGGGAAAGAAUCUGGCUCUGAUUGACAGCGUGAUUAGAGUGUUACAAAAUAUGGAUGAAUGUGAGAAGAGAUCUGUAGACAGCUCAAAGAAAUCCCAGACAGAAGAGUGUGAGAAAUUGGAAGUAGUUGAUGAAGAUUUCCAUUUAAAAAUCUUGAAGGACAUCUGUUGUGAAUUACUCUCCAAUAUGCUGCAGGAAUUAUCGGAGGAAAACAUAUUGGAGGGGCUCAAGCAAGGUCAUAUAAAUGAACAGAAAUGCUCCUGUGCAUUUCAAAAUCUCCUUCCUUUUUAUUCAUCUUCGGUGGAGAGUUUUCUUGAAGUACUGCAUGGAGCAGAUCAGACUCUUGCUGACAACUUGAGUAAAAGCUUCCCAAAUUUGAAACUCCAGGCAUAGGUCCAUAUGUCUGUUUUGCUGCAAGGAGACUGUGUAUAAUUAGUUUCCCUAUGAAGAAAGCACUGGGUAAAGAAUUCCAAGCAAAUUGAAACCUAUAUAAGAAUCCUUUUUAAAUGGAGGCAAUAUAGCAAAUGGUCUGGAAAAACAAACUCCCUGAAGACUGUUUAGCAUAUGCAACAUAAUUUUAUAUCUUAGUAACUAUUGAGGUUGUAAAUUUCAGCUAAAAAUGAACAACCCUUCGUCUAAGUCUGAAAAAGGUCUUCCUUUUUCUGUAUUAAUAAAGUUAGUUAAGAUGUUUUUUUAUAGAGAAUAAUUGGGUUGUUUUGGUUUGUUUGUCUUACAGAGUUAAAUAAUUCAAAAAAUUACCAAAAUGAAGCUUAAUUAUAGUAACAUCUAAAAUUGGAGAGUUUUGUAAUUAAUAAACAAUAUUUGGACCUA